AUGGCUAAGAGUAUCCGCGCCAGUGUCGGCAAGCGCAAUCGUGCUACUUUGCGCAAGAAGGUGUUCGGUCCCGUCGUUGACGCCCGCACUGAACGACUUGCCGCCAAACUCCAAGAACUUGCGUCCCAACCUCGUCCUAAGAACCCGGAAAAGACAAAGACAGAGUCAGAGAUGGAAGUAGAGUCAGACGAAGCUGCCGAUCAAAGCUCCAGCGCUAAAGCAGCCCCAACUGAUGAAGCCAUGGAUAUUGAUAUCAAGUCCUCCAAGAAACGAUCAAAGUUCGGUCGGGUGCAGAAAACCAAGAAGCCCCGCAACAACAUCGUGUUUAAAGCUCACCCUUCCAAGGCAAAGAAUGGUUCUAAGAGGAAGUGA